AUGACCAAGAAGGACAAAAAGCAGAGCACCACAGAGCGAUGCCCCUUCCAACGGGUCAACGACAGUUCCAGUCUGACGCCUUCUGAUUAUUUGGAUCAGUUUCUGACUCAUGGUUUUCUAUGGGUCAAAGGAGGAAGCUCUACUAGCAGCAGCAGCAGCAAUAACGAAGAACGCAAUCCACUCUCCGCCUUUUUCAAUCAGCAUGUGUCCACCUGUGAAGCACAAUGGACGGUGGAAAAUCGAGGAGAUUACAAGUCCGACCGUGACGUGACUCCCACGAUCAUUGCACAACAAUCACAACCGACCCAAUCCUUUUAUGCUUCCACCAUUAUCCCCCACGACACGGCGGCUCUGUCAGAUCUUUUGGAGCGCCUCCCCUCCUGUUCGAUGAUUCUACCGGAUGUCCACGUGACGGGUGGUGCUUGGAUCUUUUGUGGGUGCACCCAUAGUAGUAGUAACAAAAAGAAGCGCAAACGACCCCUGGUGGGACGCGCCGAACACGUCGACGAAGUGCCGCACAGUGGAACCUGGCAUUAUCAACUCAAAGGCAACAAGACGUGGCUCGUACGGCCUCAUGGACAGCUCUUUGAAGCGCAGGGUAAAAAAGUACCGGCAUUGGAGAGUACUAGUACUACCACGGAUACCACCGCAGGAGGAGCCUUGCGGUUGAGAAUCACAGUGGAAGAAGGCGAUUGGUUCGUCUUGAAUACUCGCAUUUGGUAUCAUUGUACCGAACUGGAAGGGACCCGUAGUGAUUGUUGUUGUUGUUGGAGUAUCAGUGUGGCACGACACUUUUACCUUCCCAUUCCAUGUCCUCGUGACACGCAAAAAGGCGAGGUGGUUUUGGAAGAAGACGAUAUUCCCGACGACUUUCCUCGGACCGCCAUCUUGGAGGAUGUGAAUUGUGCAUUGGCAGAAGUGGAGAAUGAAGAAGAGGAGGAUGACGAUGAUCCACAACAACAAACAACAAACAUUGUGCUCGUGUCCACUCGUGACAUUUCACAGGGAGAACUCUUGUGUUUGGCGAAUGACAAUACUGACAACAACAACGACAAUGAAUACAAUGCCGAUGAACGGGUCGAUCCCCGCGCCGUGGCACUCCGCGAUUUUCAAAAGGGAGAAGUGGUGCUCCGGGACGAUGAAAUCCCGGAUGAUUUGCCCCGCUCCCACGAACCCAACUGCGAAUUGGCAGCCGCCAGUGGGGAUUCGAUUGUGUUAAAGGCACUUUGCGAGAUAAGUGCCAAGGAAGUGCUCUGUAUUUUGCCAGAUGAUGACGAAGAGUACGAAACGGUAGAAGUGGAUCUUGCCACGGGGGAGUUGCAGCAUGUAGAAUAG